CAAGUCCGCGAACAGUUUCAUUUUAAAACAAAUAAAUGUUAUGGAAGGUAAUCACGAAUCACUGGUUCUUAGGAUCUGCUAAAACCGUAAUUACAACUUUAAAAAAUAUGCCGUUUUACGCAGUAGCCAAGGGUCGCACCGCAGGUAUUUACAUGACUUGGCCAGAUUGUGAAUCUCAAGUCAAAGGAUUUCCCGGUGCAAGAUAUAAAAAGUUUGAUAAUAUUGUCGCCGCUCAGGAUUUUAUAACAACUGAAGGAGGGAACAAAGUACCUCAAAAGGCAAAGCCUGUGGCCAGCCACUCAAGUAUUGGAAGUACAAAUCCUAACCUUAAGAGAAAUUUUUCAACAUCAACGAAUAAUCAAAAUGACAAUAAUCACAUUCCAAAGAAAAAACCAAAAUCUAAACGCAAAAAAUCUGAAAGUAAUGAAAGUGAAGACACAGAUGAUUCUGACGACUUGAAUACUAUAUUAAUAAAACAGAUGGAUGACAUAGAAAAAAGAUUAAAAGGUUUUGAAAAAGGUGUUGAUAAGAUUAUGAAGAAAAGUAGCAAAACUGACCGAAAGAGUAUAUUAAUAGAGCCUCAAGCAGUGGGAGCAAGUAAUUUGAAUGAAGGCAAUUUUAAAACUGAUGAAGAUGAUUAUGUCCAAGUCUAUACCGAUGGAGCUUGCUCAUCUAAUGGUCGUAAUGGCGCAAAAGCGGGUUUAGGUGUGUAUUGGGGUGAGGGGCAUCCAUUGAACAUCAGUGAGCCUGUCUCUGGCCGUGCCACAAACAAUUGUGGGGAGAUCCAAGCUGCCACUCGGGCUAUCACAAUGGCAAUAAACCACGGAAUUAAGAAACUGGCUAUCAAUACUGAUUCGAAAUUUCUAAUAAAUUCUGUGACAAAAUGGAUGCCAGGUUGGAAACGAAAAGGUUGGAAACUUCAAUCAGGUGAGCCAGUGAAAAAUGAAAUAGAUUUUAAAGAACUUGAUAAUAUUCUCAACAAAAUCAAAAUAAAAUGGAAUUAUGUGGAGGCUCAUCGUGGUAUACAUGGCAAUGAAAUGGCAGAUCAGCUAGCAAAGGCGGGAGCAGCUAUGUAUAAUAAGUAGUAUCUAAACUUAUUAUUAUUAGUAUUGAAACAGUUGAUUUACUGAUAUAUUGAUCUGUGUUAAUAAAAUUAUAAUAAUAAUAUUUAUUUCUCUUCACAAAAACAGCCCUUAAAUAAUUAAAAGGUGAUAUUUGUAUCUAAUGUUAUACAUUCUUGAAUGUGUGAAGAGCCGGUGUCUGGAUUAGGCUACUAGGAUAGGAUAGUCUAGGACUAAUAAAAAUGAAUCAAUAAAAAAAGAGCUGAUGAUUUUGUCUUUAGAAAAAUAUGAUCUAGGCAUACUUUAUUAUAUCAGGAAUAUAUAUGCGAGAAGCAUGCCGUGAAAUGCCAACAUGCCUAGAUAUGUUGAUUGAUUUGUAUCUGUAAUGUGGUUAGUAAUGUUAAUUAAUGUCCCAGCUUACCCCAGUUUUGACAAUGAUUGAUAAUAAACCUGGUAAAAUGUAUUUUAAACUACGAAUGUUUUAUUGCAGACUCUUUAGGUGUACGUGAACCCGACAUAUUAAUAUAUUUGAAUCGUAUUGUAUAUAAAUAGCAGCGACAACAACAAAUAAAUAUAGGCUAUACACUAAUAUUUACCCGCUAAACGCUUGCACUUAUAAAUUGCGGCAAGUAACCGUACGUGUUAGAUGUGACGUUUGCGCAAACUCCAAUAAGCACUUGUUCACUGCACUGGUGGGACCUUUUGCUGCGUCUACGCGCCUAGUACUUUAUGCACAAGUUUUAAGGCUCCUGCAGUCCGAAGCACUUUGUUAAGUUAUUUUUACUUCUAACUCUAUUAUUUAAUGUAUUUUCUUUUUGUAUUUUAAUUGUACUAAAUUUACAAAAACAGAAUUAUACAACCAAAAGGAAAUGUAUACAUGACUCAGCAUACACACCAUACAUAUAGACCAUAGUCAUACUAAUAUGAAUUUAUUUCUUUGAUACAUGAUUAAUGUUGAAAAGUUUUUAAUUUAAUUAAUAUGUAAGAAUAAGACCAAAAUAAUUUAAAUUUAUUAAUCCUAUUUUCUUCAUUAUUUCUUUAGUUAUAAAAUUAUUAAUCCAGUUCAGCAUUUACAUAUUUAAAUCAGAUUAAGUUGAAAAAUUAGUAACUUUAUUACAAAUAAUUUCGAUUUAAAAAUAAAAAAUAAAUUUGAAUCACUUUAAAAGAAUAGUAUGGUAGUUAUGGAAUCGGACAUUUUAUUUGACACAAAAUAAAAUAAUUAUUAUAGUCUUAAAAAUUCCUUUAUUGAAACUAAAACAUUUCGUAUCUUACAUACUAGAAGCGACUCGCCUCCAAAAAUCCUAACGAACUUCACAUGACAAUGACUGCUUUCCUAUUCAUAAUCGUUUCGAAUUAAAAUUAUUUUUACAAGAAUCAUUAAAUUAUUGAGAUAUUGAACAUUUUAAUGUUUUAACUAAUACUGAGUUGAGUGAAAUAAAGCGAUACAAAACCUAAUUUAGCUUAUAAAAUGAAUCGUAAAGCAUGUGUAUUUGAUAUUAAGGCUUGAGUCCUAUUUAUCAGUCGCUACUUGAAAUUAUCUUUUACAAAUACAUGAACAUUUAUGUGA